GUAACUUAUAAGCGAGGACUGAUGCAAGUGUGUGCGUGUGUUUGUGAGGGAGAGAGAGAGAGAGAGUCAUAAGCCGUGGCUGCACGUUGCACUCUGCAGCACUUGCGCACUUCUUCCACCUCUCCGCAUACUGAAAUCCUCUCUGCGCCGACUUUCCAUCACAGCCAGCCUGGAAGUCCGCCGGUGGUCGAAGGGCCGUCGUUGUGAGGUGUCCACCGAGACAACUGAGAACGGCAUCGUGCACCACCACCACCCCGUCCCUUUCCCCACCCUCCCCUUAACCCUCCUCCUCUCCUCUGGCCGUUGUUGCGCUUCUGCUGCUGCAGAGUCCAAGUUCAGGUGAGCCCGGUCUCCGGUACAACAAGUACCUCCUCUCUCCGGUACCCUAACCGGGGGAUGCUCGCCUCCUCCCGUUAAACGCCAUGCUAUAAAUGGGCCGCACAGGAUGUGAAGCCUCACCAGAAGAAGCAGGAGGAUGGCUAAACCAGGCUUGUCUGCGGCGGUGCUGCUGCUCCUGCUGGGCUUCCUCUCAGCGUCCUCCGUUAAUGCCGACACCCUGCUGUCAGCACCGCUCAAUGUGACCAUCAGAGAACUCGAGGUUAACUCUGCUGUGGUUACGUGGGAAAUCUUGGAGGGAGACCCUGUCAUCGGAUUUGCCAUCACCCAACAGAAGAAGGAUGUACGCAUGCUGAGGUUCAUCCAGGAAGUGAACACCACCACACGCUCCUGUGCAUUGUGGGAUCUGGAUGAGGACACCGAGUACAUCGUCCAUGUUCAGAGCAUUAGCAUGGGAGGAAGCAGCCCUCCAAGUCAGCCUGUGCUAUUCAGAACGCCAAAAGAGUCCGAGAAGAUGGCUUCCAAAAGCCCUGACGAGGUGACGAUGGAGGAGGUCGGCGAUGCUGCCCAGCUGAGGGCGGGAGAACUCAUCAUCAUCGUAGUGGUGCUCGUCAUGUGGGCAGGUGUGAUCGCCCUGUUUUGUCGUCAGUAUGACAUCAUUAAGGAUAACGAGCCCAACAACAACAAGGACAAAGCCAAGAACUCCUCAGAGUGCAGUACCCCAGAGCACCCGCAGGGGGGGUUACUGCGAAGCAAUGUCUAAGAUCAGCCCUGCGUCACCUUCUGCAAUAACCAACUCCUUAAACCUCAGGACAGAUCCUGAAACCAACGGAAAGCCAUUCUCAGAAAAUAUACUCAAGAACAGAUAAUCCAUUACAGAAACUCUUCUUGACACAAUGGAGAGCUCUGCAGCUACAACAGGCACAAAUGUGAACUUGCAAAAUGAAAAGCUGCAAAACAGUGAAAGAGGAAACACCAGAUGAUAAAACUCCUUUCACUUUUGUAGCAACCCAAAAAUGGAUCGCGGCUGAUGCAGACACGAGAUAUUAAAUGGCUGUCGGUCAAGCUCUUCUUGACGAGAACUGCUUAACCCGUAUGUUCCAGUUACUCCACAUCGGUGGCAUCCAAUCCCAGGAGUGGAUCAUUAAACAUGAAUGUCAGCUUCAGGUUUGUAUCAUCGGUCAGAGAUGGCAGAAGUGCAGACUGCCACACACGAAUAGCUGGUCCAGGAACCAGUCGGCACACAACAAAACAAGCUAAAGACUUUCUCUUUUUCUAUGUCUGUCCAUCUGCAUCACCUCCUUUCUGUCUUUAUAACAGCCCUCUGUGUAGCAGCUCAUCUCUCUCCCUGUCUCUCUGUGUCAAUGUCUCAAUGAUAAGCACAUUGCUGUUUGGUGCUUCUCCCGUCGUGAUUGUUUUAGCCCUUACAAUCCCAGUCCUGAUUAUGGAAUGAUUAUAUUGUUGGGUCGGAAGUAUUAAAAAACGCACAGUUAUUUGUUUUUAAGGUUAGAUUUAGGAGUUUUCCUUCUCGCUUAAAGGGACUCUUAAGUCCAGCUUGUUAAUUUGGGGAUAAAAGAUCAGGACAACGUGAAAAACCAUGCAUGUGCACAGUUGCAGCCAAUUUGUUACCACUUUGAUUGACUGACGAUGACUGAAAACCUGGAUAGUGAUAUAAUCUAUGUGCUACUAAGUGUAUUUUUCAGUUGUUACAAUAACUAAAAAUACAACUUAAACAUGUGUCAUUAUCUUUAAUACUCUUGACAGUUGAACAGUUCAAAUUCAUAUUCAUGUCUAAUGUAACAACCAAACUAAUCAGUUUUAUGUGGCCCAACAACGGAAGGAUUAAGUUUUUGUAUUGAUCCGAUACCAAUUAAUACAUAACAGGUAUUACCAAUACUAAUACUGCUACUCUUGACCUAUGAAGGCAGCUUAUGUAGGGCAGAGCAGUGUGUCAGGAUUUAUGAGAUGAAUCGUUAAUUUGCAAAUUUUAAACACUAAAUCAUCAUAAUUUUUACUUUCCGUAAUAAUUAGUUAACACAACGAAACACAACCUUCAGCUUUUCAUGUAUUUUCAAAAUGAAUUUUUUGGAGAUCUGGAGUGUAAAUGUGCCUGUCUCUAAAGCACCGUGGGUCAACUUCUGCUGUUAAAAUGGGCUAUAGGAUAUGAAUAAAAUAGACAUGACAGUCAACACAAAAAAGGGAAGACACUUUUCAUAGUGUGUGUUUAAAGUAUUUUUUUUUAUUUCCCAAAAAAGUUAUUGGGCUCCAUAUUGAACUUAGAUGACGGAAUCAAAGUAUUGAUCGUAUCACACUAGUAUAAGUGGGUGGAUCCAACCGCCUCGACUCAAGAUUCCAGCAGGGUAUUUUAUGCAGGAAGGAGUUAAUUAACAUGUAAAAAAAAAUCAUUAAAAAAAGACCAAAAUCAACAAUCAAUUAGUCCUGCUACAAAGUAUGUCUAACCAUAGCCUUUUAUAAUUAGCUUUGGGGAGGGUGUGGCUCAGGAGGUAGAGCGGGUCAUCUACCAAUCAGAAGGUUGGUGGUUUAUUCCUGUGUCUGUGUGUUGAAGUAACAUUGGGCAAUAUGCAUCCAUCGUGUGCGUGAAUGUUAGAUGAAGGCACUUGUCUAAGACUUGUCUAACAAGAUCUAGAAAAAAGAGUCACUGGGUGAAUGAGGCUUGCGGUUACAACCGAUGUCAGAGUUAAAAGAGCGCUAUUUAAUAGCAGUCGCCAACCUUUUUUGCGUAGGGUAUGAAUAACCCUAUUCAUAACACACUGGAAAAGACCCAGGGAAACCGAAUUAAUGAUAAAAACGAUAAAAAAUAUCGAUAAAAACUGAUAAAAACCCUGAAAACAAUCAAUUUCACACCUGAGCCUCAACUCUCGUGGCCCAUUACGAAACGCCUCACAGACUAUUACCAGUCCGUGGCCCAGGGGUUGGGGACCACUGCUAUAUAAGUACCAGUCCAUUUACCACCAGUGUGUACUUAACAGCAGCUGAAAGUAGUCCCCAAAAUAUAUAAUCUGCUAAUUCCUGAUUAGGCAACAUUUGUGGGUAAAAAAAAUCAUAAUUGCCCAGAUGUUCCAUGUUUAAAAACAGAAAGUAGAUGUGUUUAUGGCAGUUCUAAAGGUUUAUGUCUUCAGUCGGAGCAGAUGGAUGAAAAGUGAGCGCUGCGGGCAGAUUAGCGAACAGAUUGUUGGUUUUAGUCUUUUCUCGGGAUUUGCAGACAAAAACAUAUAUAUGUAAAAUAAGAAGAAGCUAAUUCUCAAAAGCAAAAACAAAUGGAGAUUAUAUUUGAAGUCAAGGGAAAUCAUAAUUUGCUACCUAAGCUUUUAAGCAGAUGUGGAUACAAUAUUAAUAAAUGAGAAAUCCAGUGUACAUUUUCAUAGUGUUACUAUUCCAAGGGAUACAGAAGAAGGAGCGAAACACAUCAUCUGGCUAAAGAUAAAGGCUUCUUUUUAUUUUAAAGUUUCCUGUUGAAUUAUAUUGUAUUAUCUGCACAAAUAUAUUGGACAGCAGCCCCUUUACACCGAUGCUCUCUAAUUGAGUUCCCUCAAAAAGUCGACAGAAAAAUGCUGCGAAGCUGAACUCAGCAGAGUUGCAUCCUUAUUAGAGAUAAUGAGUGAAUGUCUGAAUGCCUCGCUGGUUGAGAUGGCUGCUAAAAAGGAGCACGUAUACGCACAUAUACGAUUUAAAUACUGCCGCGUGCUGAGAGAGAGCAGGGCUUUGCGUUCUCAUCAAAAUCAAUUCUGACAAGGCCUCGCCCUGCCAUCCAUUUUUCACCCUCUCCCUACUUUAUCGGCCUUUCUUUUUUCUUCCUCUGUCCCCAGCCACCUUUAUCCACCUACAUUCUCCCCCAUUUAUGACUUCACCCUCACUUUCAAUCCCUCUGUCACAAUACUCUUUUCCUCAUAUAUCACAUCACCCUUCCUUGUUUCUACCCUUCACCAGUCUCGUCCUCGCUCUUCUUUCCUCUCCCCUGAUUCUCAUUAUAUCCACUUUCAGGCUCCCGUUAGCUGCCUUCUCCCUCUUGGCAUCAGCUCUGCUCUCUCUCAUUCAUUCGGCGCCGGCCCACUGCCUAUCCCUCGCUUGCUCUUCUGCCCAUUUAUCACCUUUUUGUCUCAGACUGGCUGAGAUGGACACUUUACCUGGUAAACAAGUGAAAAAAAAAUAGACUAAAGGGAGGAAGAAAAUGAGAGAUUCAGUGAAGGAGAACUCUUGAGGAAAGGGAAAAAUAAGAUAAGUAGAGGAAUUUUUCACUGAUAAGCACAUUUAAGUAUAGCUUAAGAAGCACUUUUUACACAGUUUGGGGCUUUUCUAAAACAAACAAACAAAAAAAUGUAUUUACUCUAAUAACUGUUAGCAUGUCUGGUUAACUAGCUAACUAGACAGUCCUAUUCUAAACCAGCAUUGUGUUUAUGCAGCAUUUCUGACAUUGUGGAUGCUAGCAUUUCAUAGUUGCUAAUUAGCUAGCCUGCACUCUUUAUUGGAUUUGAGUGAACAGCACCAGCCGCUAAACGUACCAAGCACAUUGGUUAGUCUUUAUCCUUAAAGCCUUUUUGUCUUUUGAUGUGAGAAUGGUUUGAAUGUAAUAGUAAGGCCUUUAAUAUUUCUUUAUUAAUACUAUAUAACUUCUAGUAUAUACCAGACCAGUCCUCUGAAAACCACAAGUCUUUAGGCAUGAAAACAGUAUAGGCAUAUAGCCAGUGUUGCCAACUCCUCAGUAAGGAAAAUUGCUACUGGUGGUCCUAAAAGUUGCUAGAAGUCGCUAAAUGACAUCAUCGCCUAAUUGCAUAAUUGGUCAUGCUCAUGUAAUUGUAACUGAGCCAUAGGAGAGAGAAAUAACAUCGUGGAAGAGACAUAAAAUUAGUAAAAAAAAAAACAAAAAAAACAUCCUAAAUACAUUUAGAAUAUAUUUAGAACUACAAAUUAAAUUUCUUUUAGCAAUUAUUGUUUUUUUAAUGUCCCAAAUCCAACCCUCCUCCUUUAUCCAGGCUUGGGACCAGUCAAAAGUGACUCUGGCAGAGUUACUUCUUUUGUGUGUGUGUUUUUAAGUAGUUUUGUGAUCCACAAAAAGUAACAGUUAAAGAAGAACUGACU